AUGUCAAAAGAAGUCUUUUACGGUCAAUUGCCCAGCAACCAAAAUAUUGCUGAAAGCGUGGGAGGACACAAAGAACAAAUGCUCUAUAGCACUAUCAUUUCCGCAAUGCUUUCUGAUCAAGUUUCGACGACGUCUAGCCAUGAGUCUAUAGAGUCUGACGAAGAACCCGACGACGUUGGCCUGGACCAAGAGUUCGGUGGCGAUGACGAAGAAGAUUCGAUGCUUCAUGACGGGUUCUGGAUAGAAACUGACAAUGAUGUUGAGAGCUACAAUCGUUGGUUCUUACAGCAGCAGCAGUUGCGUCAAGAACGUGGCCGUGAAGAACAGAUGUUGAAAGCUAAACAACGCAGGCAACGAAUUGCUCAAGCCAUAUUGGGGGGUAUCCAUCUCACUACCAGCGAGGGGAUGUCAAAAGAAUCUGGCCAAGUGCCCGUAUUCUCUGUACUGCGGAGCCCUGAGUGGGGAACGAUUACCCUGAAGGUACCACUGGGCGGGGAAAGACGCGGCAUCACUGAACGAAGUCGAACUCUGCUGGAACACGCAACUAGCACAAAGCAAGACCAAGAGAAAAGCAUCUCCCAACAAAGCCGAGUGCACACGACCCCACUGAAGUCCUCAGUCGUGAUGGCCCAAGGUGCAUAA